GAUUGUACCAUACAAGAAUUAGAAUAAAUCCUCCUUCACUCUUUUCCAUCAUCCCUCAUCACCGACUAUUUCUUCUCCAAGAAAAAACCCAAACCAAGCUCAGCACCCAAAGCAACACAACCCCAUGCCAUGAACCCUAGUCUUAUCACCUGUUCCAAUAAUAAUCUAACUGAUGAAGAAGAAAUCUCCAAGCUCGAGUCCAUCCUCCAAACCUACCAUACCUUUCCUUCAUCCUCAAACACAUGCACAUCUUUACUUACACAACGUAUAAACGUUCCCCUAAGCUUUAUAUGGCCAUUCGUCCGCGAUUUCGAAAACCCUAAUAAGUACAAGCACUUUAUCAAGAGUUGCACGAUGAAAGGAGACGGAAGAGUUGGAAGUGUGAGAGAUGUUACGGUUAUUUCGGGCUUACCGGCGUCGACGAGCACCGAAGUACUAGAGGUAUUAAAUGACGAUGAGCAUGUUUUGAGCUUUAGGGUUGUGGGGGGAGAUCAUAGGCUGAAUAAUUAUAGAGCUGUGACAUCGGUUCAUGAGUUUAAGGAAGGAGGAGGAGGAGAGGUAUAUAGUAUUGUUUUGGAGUCUUAUUCGGUGGAGAUACCUCAAGGGAACACUGAAGAGGAUACUAAGAUGUUUGUGGAUACUGUUGUGAAGUUGAACUUACAAAAGGUUGCAGAAGUAGCCAUGGCAGCAGCUUUGAAAACGCCUACGUGAAAUAAAGGUCCAUUGGUAGAUAAGCUAUAGCAGCUUUAUCUAUGGAGAAAGAGAUUGUGAUAAAUGAGGAUGAUAUUAUAAUGGGUUAUGUAAAUGUGGUGUGAUGGUAAUGAAAAUUUUACUUGCUCUCUCUCC